AUGCAAAGCUAUAUAAUUGAUGUUACUGGCUUGCUCUCGAAUAUCAUUAAGACCAUGGGCUCCAUGAUCACCAUCACCAUGCGUAAGCAUCUGGCUAAAACGCUAAAUCCAGUCUUUGUCAUGCUUCACCGUCUUAAAGGUGUUUUUGAUUACCCCUUUAAUCUGAAACAAGAGGGUGAAAGUGUGACUGGUGGAUCAAGAAAAGAAAAUGUGGCUGGUGGAUCACGAAAGGAAGAACCAAAAGCUCAUGUCAAGCCUAUUGUCAAGAAGGAACCGAAAGACAAGGAAACGCUGUUCCAUGAUGAUCCAAUUAUUGAUAAUGAUAGCGAAUAA